AUGUCAACAUCAGAGAACACAACAAUUGCUAUCGUUCAUGAAGCCAUAAAUGAAGAAUACGAGUACAUACAGUAUAACAAACAGUUACGUCUCAUUCGUUCGGUCAAAGACGAUAUGUACCAAAUGCAAAGUAUAAUGAAUGCUCUUCGUUCUACAAAGCAAGCAUAUCAUUGGUUUGAAAACCAACAGACAAAAGAACUUUUAGAAGAAUUUCCUCAUAUGAUUGCUUCCCUCGGAAAACCGGGGGAAGAGAUUCCGUAUGAAAAUCGCAAGAAUUUGGCUCCUGGUUUGAAAGGUUAUUAUGUUCAUAGACUUUUAGUAAACGCUGUAGCAAUGUGGGCUUCACCUCGUUAUGCUUGUUAUAUUUUCAUGAUGUUAGAUGAACUAUAUAAAGCAGAACGUGAAGAUAUGGAAAAGAAAUUU